CCGUGCUGACUAAAUUCUACCGUCCCCAGAUUGAUGCAGCCCUCCCCAGGACUUGGAGCCCGCGCCUUAUUUCGGCGUUCGGCUGUCGGCCGGAACUGCCGCACAUUAAGAACGUCACAUGCAGAAUUUCGCUGGAGGAAAGCAACACGCGCCGCUGUGGGGUACGCAGAAAUCAUAUAUAAGGACGCAAUCCCCACUUUUCGUUUGUCGAUUCCCUGCCAACCAGAAUAUUCUGUAAUUAAUACACACGCCAUGACUACGUUAGACCAAUCUUUCGUCACAAACGGAACCUUCAAAGCCGACUUGUUCAAGGGCAAGGUUGUUUUCAUCACCGGUGGUGCCGGUACCAUCUGCCGUGUGCAGGCGGAAGCCAUGGUGCUUUUAGGGGCUAACGCUGCUAUUUUGGGAAGAAAUCAGGAAAAGACCGAAAAGGCCGCACGCGAGAUCGAGGCUCUCAGACCGGGCGCUAGAGUGGUGGCGUGCUCUAACUGUGACGUCAGGGAGGUCACCCAGAUCAAGGAGGCUGUCGACAGAGUGGUUGCGGAGUUGGGCAGAAUCGACUUUGUGAUUGCCGGUGCUGCCGGUAACUUCUUGAGUGACUUCAACCACUUGUCUUCCAACGCGUUCAAGUCUGUCAUCGGCAUUGACUUGUUGGGCUCCUUCAACACCGUCAAGGCGUGCUACGACCAAUUAAAGAAGAACAAGGGUGCCAUCCUCUUUGUCAGUGCCACCUUGCAUUACUACGGUGUUCCGUUCCAGGUGCAUGUCGGUGCCGCCAAGGCCGGUGUGGACGCCUUGAGCAACGCUUUAGCGGUCGAAUUGGGUCCAUUGGGCGUCAGAUCAAACUGCAUCGCCCCAGGUGCCAUUGCAGGCACUGAGGGGUUCGACAGAUUGACUCGUGGUGUUGAUUUGAAGAAGCAGAUUCCAUUGCAAAGAUAUGGGACCACCCGCGACAUUGCCGAGGCCACCGUGUUUUUGUUCUCUCCAGCUGGAACGUACAUCACCGGUACUACCCAGGUCGUUGAUGGUGCCCAAUGGCACAUGGGCUUCAAGUACGGCGAAGAUAUUUACCCAGUGGGCCUCACCAAGAUGUUGAAUGAGCCAUCGAAGUUGUAAGCGGGCACUAUUAUUUCAAAGCGGGCUCUUUUCUUAUUUAUAUCUGAUUUUUCAUAUGCACUGUAGGUAUAAAAUCCGCUGACAGUCUUUUUUUUUCUUAGUGCUAACCUUUUAAAGCAACCAGGAUAGAAGCAUUACUAUUGGAUAAACACUGUCAAAAAUGGAAAUCCAUCU